GCCUGGGGGCUCCUCAACCUCUGCCUGGACGUCUUCACCCACGGCCUGACCCCAGAGACUGGCCCGGACGUACUGGCCUUUGCUGUGACUUACGGGCUGGCCCAGGUGGGCCGCGUGGCAGAGGACUACAUCUUGGCCACCUUCCCCAGCGUGGUGGCCACACCGGCCUUUCUGGAUCUUCCUGCACACCUUCUCAUCCGCCUUCUCCGCUCUGAUGGUCUCAAUGUCCUCUAUGAACUGGAGGCCUUGGAAGCAGCGUCCCGGUGGCUUAUGGCCAAAGGAGAUGGCCAAGAGGACCUGGCCAAGGAGGUCCUGUCGUCUGUUCGCUUCGCCCUCAUGUCCACCUGCGAGAUGAAGAAGGCCCGCUCGGUGACUGCAGGGGUGGCUGACCCAAAGGUCCUCCACGAGCUCAUGGUGGCAGGUUUGGCCCCCACGGCCCAGCUGCCGUGCCGGGUGCGUUCCUUGCAGGAGGUGCUGGUGGUUUGUGGUGGAGAAAAAGUGACAUCUAACCUGGCUUCCCGGAAGCCCAGCAGACACCUCUGGUUUGCCCACCGCUACCUCAGUGCUGUGGGGCUGGUGAAGCAGGUGGAGUGGCGAGCACUGGGACACUUUCCUGACGGCCCACGCUUCCGCCAUGCUGUAGCUGUGGUGGGCAACAUCCUCUACAUUCUGGGUGGAAAGCACUACUAUGGGGUCCAUGACACCCUGGCCAGUGUCUACAGGUACCAGCCUAUGGACGACUCCUGGGAGCGCCUGGCCAGCAUGACCUGCGGGAGGAGCUACUUCCCUGCCGUGGCGCUGGGGGAGUUCAUCUAUGCCCUGGGGGGCAGCUCCGGGGAGCUCUACUGCACCAGCACUGUGGAGUGCUAUGACCUGACCAAUGACACCUGGAGGAGGUGCCAGCCCCUGCCGGUGGCUCUGUGCGGGCACGCGGCGUGUGCCCUGGAUGGUGCCCUCUACGUGUCCGGGGGGUGCGAUGAGACGUCCCAGUGCCGGGCGUCCUUGCUGCGCUACAUUCCGGGGGGCCCUGCCACCCCCCUGGCCCCCAUGAACGGCCAACGGGCUGGCCACGUCAUGGAGGAGGCGGGCGGGCAGCUCUACGUGGCCGGGGGG